AUGUUUCGACGAUUUACAUUAUUUCUACUAAUAUUCAACUUUGUUAUCAGUGAUAGCACAGCAAGUGUAACCUUGCUGAUCACUGGACACUCCAGCAAUAAUGUGUACAAACAUCAACUGGCCAGCUUUUUCGUUGAUUCUUACGAGGAACUCAUCAAAGGCUCAAAAACUCCGCUAUUUGUCUUCACAAAUGGCGUAUCGAUGCCAGUUGCGUCAGAAAUCAAUAAUUUGCUGGAAACAUGGAAUGAUUUGGAUAUGCCUACUAAUGUGUCAACGUUGAUCCUCACAAAUCUUGGCACCGAUGAGAUGAGUCUUGACCAUCUCAGCGUCAUUCAAAGAUUCAUGAAAACAAAGAAGCCGCUAAUCGUUAUUGAAAUCGGGAAUCCAGCUGUCCAAACAGGUGCACUCCUCAAUCGAAGUGCUUCAUGCCUCAGCGGUGGUCAUGCGGUCAUUCUAUCACCAAAUGCAGUGUAUUUCUGCAAUGAAGCCUCACCCAACAUGUUACCAAAUCUCCAAUUUGACGAUUUGUACGAGAUCACGGCGCCAAAAUUGGAGUCUAAUUGGGAGGAGCCUCAAACAGUUCUCCUAAUGCCAAAUAUCUUCGUAUCAGCGGCAAAGGGUAGCGAAAAACGACAUCAUGGGCAGCAUGAACAUCAUCACCAUGAACAUCAUCAUCAUCCACAUCAAUACCAUCAUCAUCACCAUAAACACCAACUCGAAGAAAAUGUGGAUGAAAUCGUGGAUCAGAUUAUGGAGGACAUCAUGGAAGAGGGUGUAAUCACUCCUCCUCCCAAGAAGAAGAAAACAAAAGAAUUUAACGAACUUAAAGAAGGAGAAAAGAAAAUGUUCUGCAAGUAUCGUAAGUCCUGCUAUGAAACUGGAGAAAAACCCCAAAUUGAUGACAGUUUUCUCGGAUGGCUUUUUAAGAAAAGAGCUGUAGAAGAAGAAGUUAAAGUGCACCAAGAACCCAUAGAAUAUGAUUCCGAAGACGACCUUGUACAUCAAAAAUUCCUGUGCAAAUAUCGUGUAUCCUGCUAUCAUGAACGAGGAAUUCCCAUCAGUGAGAAGGUAGCAGAUAAAGAGAAGAAGAUGGUACUUGCUAGUAAAAAGAAGCCACAACAAGGAAAGAAGAAGACACUGAAAGAAAUUGCUGCUAAAACGCUCCAGGAUGUAAAGGACGCCGAAGAAAAAGCUGCAAAACGACCUGUAGUCCAGGUUGUAAAGACUAAACUUGAUGAAAUAGAGGAGAAAUUGCAAGAAAAACUGAACUGUAAGUAUCGAAAGAGUUGCUAUGAGACUGGUCAAAAACCGGUAAUAGAAGAUGCUUGGAGAUUACCGAGCCCAAUCAAAAUUUUCUCCAUGGAAUCUGCAGAUACAGUCAAUAAACAAAUCAACUACAGCGAAUUGGAGGAGCUCGAGAAGAAAGUCUACUGUAAAUAUCGAAAAAGUUGCUAUGAGACAGGUGUCAAACCUGAGAUUGAGCCGGAGAUUUUCAUACAUACAAUCGCUGAUUUGACCACUUUGCACGAGCAGGUGGAAACUCGGAAACUCACUUUACAAGAAAAGUGUAAGUACCGAAAAUCAUGCUAUGAAACUGGCAUCGUGCCUGAAAUCAAUCCCAAGUUGGAGGCGGCAAUUCAGAGGGAGGUGAGCAGUGUAAUCCCUACGAAUGUCCAGGAUUUGAAGAUGCUCUGCAAGUAUCGCAAAUCGUGCUACGCCGAGAUUCACGAUUCGGCAACAGUGGACACUAUUAAAAUUAUCAGGAAGAGGCGUCAGAUCGAGAAGGAGGUGAAGAGGAGAAAAGCACGCCGAGCCAAACUUCAUCGACGUCUCCGCGGAGAGAUGCAAUUAGGACACUGGAGGAAGCCAUCAAGGAGAGCAGCAGCAGGGGGAGCCUCACGAAAAGACGUCGAAUCGGCGAAACUAAAAGAAGCCAAAGUUGAUGCAUCUCCAGAAAAACAGGAAAAGAUAGAGGAAGAAGAUGCUGACAAGGAAAAAGAACCAGUCGUCAGUGAAACCAAAAAAGGGAAAUCACGAAGAGCAAGACAACAGGCGCCUAAGGAUAUUGUUCAAGAUGCAAAUGUUGAAGAGGAAGUGGAAUCGGCAAUGACAGAACCACCAGAGAAAGAAAUGCAGCCGAAGAAACAGAGGAAAACAAGGAAAGCGAAGGUCGAGGAAUCUCAAGAUGAACCGAAACCAGUCAUUAAAAAAGCCGCUCCUCCAGUAAAGACGGGUAGAAGGCCAACUGAGGAUGCAACAGCGAAAGAAUCUACUCAAGCUAAACAAACUACGGAAAUACCGGAAAGAGAAAAGCCAACAGAAGCGCCAAAACCAGCAACAACGAAAGAACAAAGGAAGAAAAAGGAAGUGAAACCGCGACCAAAACAGGCUGAGGAGAAGGAAGUAGAGAAGGAAGAAAAGAAUAAAUCUGAAGAUGAAGAGACAGCGCAGAACGUAUCAGGAACGCCGAAAAAAAGUAAAAUGUUUGGAGGAGCAAAGGAAGCAAUGAAAAAGAUGAUUGACGAGAUGCAUCAUCAACAAGGAAUACAAGAGACAAAGGAAUACUGUAAGUAUAGAAAAUCAUGUUACGCAAGUGGGAAAAGGCCAAAAAUUGAACAGACUGUGGGUUCGCCUGUUGCACGUUUUGCCGAACACAUUGAAAAAAUGGAAAAAGUCAUCGAAGAAGAAGAAGCAGCAAUUGCUCUAACUGCUGCUCGUAAAAAAACUGAAACAGACAAAAAGCUUGAGUGUAAGUACAGAAAGUCAUGCUACGAAACUGGCAUACUUCCUGAAAUAAAAGCUCCACAAGAAGCUGAGGAACAAGGAAUUGUAUUUAAGGCUGGAAUAUCGAAACAGCUUCAAUGCAAGUAUAAAAAAUCCUGCUAUAAGGAAGCAGGUAUUAUCGCAGCUGCAGAUGAGGUGGCUGAUACUGAAGAGAAACGCAAACCUUCUGAUCAACGUGCAAAAACAGCCGACGAUCGCAAGGAAUCAAUAAAAGAUGAUGAAGAUACUGCAAUCAAAAAACCUACAAAGGAAGAACGUGCCUCAACUGAGCAGAAAAAACGAGCCGAGAUCGGAAAGAGCGAAGAGGAAUGCCAAUCAGGUAAAGCAUGCUAUACAUCAGCUGAUCCUAAAGCGAUGAAAGAGGACCACGCAGGAAGUAUGGCACGAAUAGGGCUGGAACGCUUUAGGAAAAAUGGGAAAUGUAGCCCUUACUAUUAUUCUUGUCGUGAAGUGCUUGGCCUUCCGAAAAAAGAAAAAGCUCCUAUUGGACCGAAUGGCAAGCGUCUGUGUCGCAAGAAACCAAAAUCGCUGUGA